AUGUUGACAGACGCACUCUUCCCUAUCUUCGACCAGGGUGUUGGUUAUGGCAUAGUGAUAGGGCUAGGGGGGCUCUUUGUGAUUCUCAUGAGUCUGACAUCGUACGCCCUAAAGAAGUACAUGUCCGAAGUACAGGACUCAGAGAUGUACCUGACAGCCAAACGCUCCGUGCGAUCGGGGCUCAUCGCUUCGUCCGUGGUGUCCUCGUGGACUCUGAGCGCGACCCUCCUUUCCUCGACCAACUUUGGCUACCUGUACGGCAUUUCUGCAACAUUCUGGUUUGGCGCCGGGUGCUCCGUCCCUAUUCUUACAUUUGCGGUCCUGGCGAUCGAACUUAAACGCAAGGCUCCCAGUGCGCAUACCUUUCUGGAGCUGGUGAAGCAUCGAUACGGCGCGCCGGGGCAUAUUGUGCUAGCCGUGUAUUCUUUAAUAUACCAGAUCUUCAUCUCAGUGAACUUACUCGUUGGUGGUGCGAGCGUCUUUCAUUUGACGACGGGGAUGCAUCAGGUUCCUGUCUGCUUCUUGUUUCCCUUGGGUGUCUGCAUAUAUACAUUCUUCGGUGGGAUCAAGGCUACGUUUCUCACAGAAUGGGUUCACACGGUUAUUCUCUUCGCGAUAAUGCUCGUUUCUAUGUUCGUCAUGUACGCAAGCUCAUCCCACGUGGGUUCGCCCGGUAAAAUGUGGGAGCUUCUGAUGACUGCCUCUGAGAUCCGACCAGUAGCUGGGAAUGCGGAAGGCCAUCUUCUCACGAUGCAAAGUGUCUACGGUGGGCUUGUUGGGCUGACGUUCUUGGGUGGUGGGUUUUCGGCGACUGUGGAUUCCCAGUUGUUUCAGAAGGCGAUUGCCGCCGAUCCAAAAUCCACCGUUGCUGGAUAUUUAUUGGGUGCUCUAUGCUGGUUCACUAUUCCAUUCUGCAUCUCGACCACCUUCGGUCUCGGCGCGGCGGCGCUUGAGCACACCCCUUCCUGGCCCACGUAUCCCGAUCCAAUGUCAGCCAACGUCGUAGCAAAUGCCCUGCAAAUGCCGUAUGUGGCUUAUGUUAUUCUCGGAAAAGGAGGCGUUGUCGCAGUGCUCCUUAUGCUCUUCCAGGCCAUCACUAGUGCUUUAAGCUCAGAGACUGUGGCCGUUACGAGUUUAAUCACAUACGACUUUUACAGGGCAUACAUAAAGCCAGCAGCUACCGGCAAAGAACUCAUAUUCGUUUCGCAUAUCGCUGUUGUUGUAUACAGCGUCGUGGUUGCUUCCGUGGCAGUCGGCCUCUGCUAUGCCAAUUUCUCGGUUAGCUUUAUCGUAACUGCCAUUGGAAUUAUCAUCGAUGGAGCCGUUAUACCCAGCGCCUGCACGCUCUUCUGGCGCAAGCAGAGCAAGUACGCCGUAACGCUCGUCCCCAUCCUCAGCUCCAUCGCAAGCAUAGGGACUUGGAUUGGCGUUGCCUACCGUCGCGAGGGCACCAUCAGCGUCGCAACGCUUUCGGACUUUUAUCCAUGCGUGGCCGGCAAUAUGCUCGCGCUGACUGCGCCAAUCGUGCUCACUCCGCUCAUCACGUACCUGCGUCCCGAAAACUACGAUUUCGCCAGGUUUGAAGAAAUCAAGCUGGUUGAUGAUAGCGCAAUAUCGGGCUCUAAAAGACCAGAUGCGAGAGAUAUAACGGUUACGGGGCGGGAAGAACGCGUUGACCUCCUCAGGGCACGAAACAUCGCGAUCGGUGCUGCGCUAUUCCUCGCGAUCUCUAUGACAAUUCUUUGGCCAAUCCCUAUGUAUGGAACGGGGUAUAUCUUCUCGAAACGCUUCUUUACUGGUUGGAUUGUGGUUACUUUUAUUUGGGCAUUUUUUGGUGCUAUCACUAUUACAGGUUUACCUCUUUGGCAGAGUAGGAGGCAGAUCCGUGCAUUCUUGGCUGCGGUUCUUGGUGGGUUAAGUGAUCUUGGAACGGCGAGAGGUAUUCAAGCGUCGGAAGUUAUCGUUCACAAUAAAAAUUGA